AUGGAUCGUUUUCUUGUUUCUGUGUGCGAAUUGGCGGCUAAUCCGACCGCCCAGUCUGUUGGGCUCGGAGUCGGUGCGGCUGUAAUAGGGAUACUCGGCACUUUGUUCACUGGCAGAGCCGACGACCAGGGACUCACUCUAUUGCAGGAACUGAUUGAGAUUGAAAAUACCAACAAGACAAACACGAUGGCUCAAGAACAGUACAAGGAGCUUGUUGAGCUGGGCGGGCUGGUGGCCGCGGUCGUUGUUGUUGGUGGAGCUGCUGUUUUGGGGGCUGUUUUUUAUUUGUGGGCUCGACUACGGAAAACAGAGUCCCAACUGGGCCAGAUACGGAAUUUGCUGGAGAAGUCCACUGGCAGCGAGGAGGAGAUGUUCUACAACGUGUCGAUCCGUCUGCAACAGGAGGAGGACAGAAUGUGUAUGACGUUUGAUGAGUUGAUGGCCAAGAACUUCUCGCUCAUUGACGAGAAGGUUGCACAUUUCCAGGCAAAGAUGAAAUCGUGUCGCCAAGCUAUUAGAACCGAAUUUGACAAACUCAAAGAUAUCAGAUCAGAAACAGAUACUUGCAAGCAGGAGUUGCAACAGUUUGACACAUCGCUGACAGAAAACGGUUGCAAAUUAAAAGAACUGCAGCAGUCGCUGGACUCCCUGAAAUCAAAGGUCCAGGUGUACGACGCAGAUAUUGAUACCAAGUCGGAGCUCAUGGAGAAAGAGUACGAGCUGACCAAGAUCCAGCUGUGCAAAAGCAACCUGAUGCUGACCAACUCGCAGAUCUUGUUUGAGAAAAUCCUCGGCAAAUUGGAUGAGGAAAACGCCAUGGACCUGAGCGACGUGCUCAAGGACCUGGACCACGGCUCGUUCGACCAGGACGACUACCUCAAGUCGUACAUGGAGUCCACAGACCUGACUCUUGUUGAUUUCGGCAAGAAACUCGACCUCGUGCAGCUGACGUUGUCGUCUCACCAGGAAGACAUUGAAAAAAGCAAAAUGUACGUCCAGGAAUCCAAGGACAAUAUGACCAAGGAACUGACUCUGUUCAAGUCGCACAACGAGCAAUGGUUGUACAACUGGAUCUCCGUGCUGUACGGUCUUUUCAACUCGGACGUGGCCCAAUUGCAGCUGCAACUACUGGGAAUUGACGACCUGGACAGCUUGAAAAAAUUGGAGCAAACGGGAGUCUAUUUGAAAGACGAGUGUGUUUUCAUCGAGAACUUCAUCUUUGACUGCAAAAAACAGUGUUUCAGUCUCCUCAGGGAAAUCAGCCUGCUGUUGUUCGAGUUCUAUCUGCUCAAAACAGAGUACCUGAGCCAAGACCAGAUCCUCAAAGAAUGCGAGUCACGUGUCGAGUCUACAGUCAAGGGUCUUUUCCACAUGUUUGAUCUGAGUCUUGGCAAUUCCGGGCUCAGCGACAAAGACUCGACCAACCUCCGUCAAAUUGUGUACAAGUUUGAGGACAAAUUGGUGAGCGACCUGAAUCUCACGUGUUCCAACUUCAAUGUGAUGGUGAAGCAGAAUCUUGACGAUUUUUUGGUCAUAUUCCGAACACUAAGAGAAAUGGACGAGCGGUUACCAAUGAGCGACGAGGACUCCUCAGUGAUAAUUGCCGACUCUGAGAGUACUAGAACGUCCGACUCCUGGGGCCUGGAAGACGUCUCCAGUUACAAACCACUACGUCUUGUUGAGAAGAGAGCUUCUGGUUAA